CGAACGCGACCAAGGCGUCGGGCGACUCGGGUUUCGCGGCGGCGUCGGUGAGCGAAAAGUUCUCCCACCCGGCCGCCGGCUUCAUGGCGGCGUCCGGCAAGGCUGAGUACGGCCUGGACUACUUCCUCAAGGGCGCGCUCGCGGGCGGCAUCUGCUGCUCCAUCACGCACGGCGCGCUCACGCCCGUGGACGUCGUGAAGACGCGCAUGCAGCUCGAGCCGACCAAGUACACCGGCAUGAUUUCCGGGUUUAACAAGGUGAUCGCGGAGGAGGGCGCGGGCGCGCUGCUCACCGGCCUCGGCCCCACCGCGUUCGGGUACUUCGUGCAAGGCUGGUUCAAGUUCGGCGGCGUGGAGUACUUCAAGAUCCAGGCCGCGCAGAGCAUGACGGAGCAGCAGACGUGGGACAACAGGAACUCCAUCUACCUCGGCGCGUCAGCCGCCGCGGAGUUCAUCGCGGACAUCUUCCUCUGCCCGCUCGAGGCGACGCGCAUCCGGCUCGUGUCUAACCCCACGUACGCGGACAGCAUGCUCGGGUGCAUGGCGAAGAUGGUCAAGGAAGAGGGCGUGAUCGGCGCGUUCUACUCCGGGUUCGGGCCCAUCCUCGCGAAGCAGGUGCCGUACACCAUGGCCAAGUUCGCCGUGCAGGGCGCGACGGCGGAGAAAAUUUACGAUUCGCUCGGAAAGACCCCGAAGGAGAUGAGCAGCGGCGAGAACAUCUCCGUGUCGCUCGCGUCCGGCGUCGUCGCGGGCGUCACCGCGGCGAUCAUCUCCCACCCCGCGGACACGCUCCUGUCGAAGAUCAACAAAGCUGGCGCGGGCGGCAGCGGCGGGAUGUUCUCUCGUCUCGCCAACAUCGCGGCGGAGACGGGACUCGUGAAGCUCUGCACGCAGGGGCUCGCGGCGAGGUGCGUCAUGAUCGGCACGCUCACCGCGGGGCAGUUUGGCAUCUUCGACAUCGUCAUGAACGCGGUCGGCGCGUCGAAGUUUCACUUCCACGACCCGUCCAAGGGCGAUCACUGAUGAGCCUCGGACCAACGAAGGACGGACGAGCGAUAACAUGACGUCUCAUUUUUUUCAGCGGCGGAGCGAACUGAAGGCGGGAGGUCUCGCGUAACUCUAUUUGUACAUACUGUCGUACGACGCGCGUGUGAACG